UCCAAAGGUAUCUCAACUGAAACCCUUCUCCAAAUACAGGAAAGCAUUCAAAAACAACAAGAAUCAAAAGGGCGGAUGUAUAAGUCAAGAGCCGUAGUUCGGAGGUUGAGCCAGCAGAAAGAAGAACUUGUACAGUUAGCAAAAACUAUACAUCAUGGCAGCAAGCAGGAUUUUCUCUCUGCACUUGCACACUCAGUGACUACAUCUACAUGUAGCUCUUCAAAUUCACUGAUACAAGAUGAAGACUGGGAUGGCUCACUUACACCGCAGGACAUUUUAGCCGUAGCAAAGAAAGCACAUGAUCCUCAAAAACGAAUGACUGUUUAUGAUACAAUCAUUGUGGAGUCUGCACCUUAUCACUACCACUUGAGUACGUCUGACGUGUUAGACAUUCAGGACACUACUAGUGCGACAGAAAUUGUACGUGCAUUGAGGAGAAAGUUACCAGGAUUUUUGGAUUCUGAAAGAAAGGUGAAUGGAGUCAAAGCCAAGUACAUGAAAGAAUUUGAAAUUCUUUGGAAACCUGAAAGGACUCAUUCUGGAUGGCAAAUUAAUCCUCAACGAUUGCGAGAAACUUUGCAGUAUCUGUACUGGUGGCUACCUGAAAGUGAAUGGUGGAAAAUUUAUGGCGAUGGACGAAAUUUUGGUGGCAAAGACUCUGUUGCUCUGACACUUAACACUGUUAAUGAUGAGGCUAUGUUUAAUGGUGUAGCAUACCACAGUCCUGAGGAGUAUUGGCCAAUCACCAUCUUUUAUGGGAAAGACACAAGACUGAAUCUUGAACUAAACCUAGGAGAUCCACACAAAGAAGGAAGUUUAAAUAAGUGGAUUCAAACAAUGCAGGAGAAUCGACACAAAAUCUACCUGUCUUCUGAUUCCAAGUUUUCUGACAAUAUAUUAGGUGGUGGUUUGGACCCAACAAGUGAUGAUUCAUUUACUAUGUACAACUAUGAAACAAAACAAACCAGAAGUGAGGUGGGCUUCCAGACAGGUUUGCGUUCCGAACUAUGCAGAAGAAUUGAAAGAGAGCACCCUGAAUCUCUACUGCCAUCACUUCCAACAACACACUACAUUCCUGAUGGCAAUCACUGUUUCUGCCGAUUAACAGAGCAUAUGGUUUUUGACCGCUGCAUGUCAUGCUUGAACCUGGAAAGUCAACCAAGUAUGGGGCCAGCUGUAAAAGACCAAACACUGGGGCACUUUCUUUCAAAUAUCAAUGCCAGAGGAGUUAGAAAUGGCACAUUCCAGUUACAUUUUGAGGGGAAGAAGUUAGAGCAAGUCACUCUCAAUGUUAAUCAUGCAGAGACAAUUUCAGCUCCCGCCAGUCACUUUUCUGACAAUCAGUAUUCACACAUUCUGGAAAAUGUUGCCAGCAAGGAGGUCCAGUUUGAUUUGCCAGGAAAGCUUAGAGAACAUCUCAACUGGCCUACUCCCCAAAUUUCAGAGUACGACUUGGAAACAAUGAUUUGGAGGGUGCACUGGGAGAUGCAUGAACUUGAACGGUUGGAUGAAGAUCCAAGAAAAUAUGUAAACAGAUUGAAGCCAGGCAUUCCGCAUGGAUCUUCUGACCCUAAAGACUACAGAUUUGGGCUUACAGAAGAAGAAAUACAGAAAUAUGAGGAACUAGCUGAUCUGCAUCAUGCUUUGACAUUGUUAAGAUAUGGUUCCUCAAAGCUUUAUCCAUACCUAAUGAAACGUGUAGAUGUAUUCCCUCAGAUGCUCAGAGAGUUGCCUUUUCAUUCGUUGUUCCGGGGUGGUACUGAAGGCAGUGAGCGAACACAUUACUUGCACCAAUGCUUGUAUUUUGGACACUCUGCCAGAGGCGGAGGGUGGAAGUGCCAAGAUCCGAUUAUUACUCUGUUCAGGUGGUACUACAGGUUCUUUCGAAGACGUCUAGCUAAGUGCCCGGCUACUGUCCAAGAAGCUUUCAAUCAGUAUGUAAAAGAGAAGUUUGAGGAAGCUGGGCUGGAUCACACUGAAGAAAUGAGUACCGCUGAUAAUCAACCACCCUUUUCCGACCAAAACAGUCAACUUGUCGAACCGAAUUCUGUUUCAGAGCAAAUAGAUUGUUCUUCACAGCCGCCAUCUUCUUCUUCUUCUGUCCAGUCAACACAGCCAAUCAAUCAACUUGCAGAAGCCAGUCCUGUUUCAGAGCAGACAGAUUGUUCUUCACAGCCACCAACUUCUUCUUCUGUCCAGUCAACACAGCCAAUCAAUCAACUUGCAGAAGCCAGUCCUGUUUCGGAGCAGACAGAUUGUUCUUCACAGCUACCAACUUCUUCUUCUGCCCAGUCAACACAGCCAAUCAAUCAACUUGCGGAAGCCAAUCCUGUUUCAGAGCAAACAGAUUGUUCUUCCCAGCCACUAACUACAUGUACACACUACAAAAGGGGGGAAACAGUUUUCAUUGAAAAAGAAGGGAAUACUACAAAAGCUAUGGUCUGUGAAUUGACACCAACAAAACAGCGAGUAAAAGUUGCAGUUACUGGAAAAGAACGACCCAUUUUGGUUGAAAUCACAAACCUUCAACAGGCAGUGCCACAAGUCUUGAGUGGACUAACAUUUACAAUCUCUGGCCGACUGAAUGAAAGGGACAGAACUGGGAUUAGCAAUGCUGAACAAUUAACUCCUGUUAUCUUGCGUAAUGGGGGGAAAGUCUUUAAUAGAGACAUAACCAAAGUUCUGGAUGCAAAUUUCAUCAUGAUCACAUCUCAAAAGGAGCUUGAAAAAGAUGUAAAGAAGAUCAGCAAGCCAAUCAUUCAUGCUUACCGGUACAAGUGGCCAAUAGUAUCCAAGCUCUUUGUUCUCCAGUCAGAUAAGGACAAAGUCAUUGCAGACAUAAAUGACUACAAGCUAAAUCUAACAAACUUAGAUAAUGCACCAGCAAGCUCUUUACUGCAAGCUAAGCCUAUAAAACAGAGCGAACUCCUUGGUAAUAUGGGAAGAAGUGCACAUAGAGAGUUAAAGAAAGCAUUACGGCAAAAGCGUAAAAUGUCACAAGUUGAAGAAAACAAUGAUGAGAAUGUACCUAAACAAGAACCAAAGCGACCAGCCAAUGGUUAUGUGACAUUCUUGAAGGAGGAGUUCAAGCGUGUUGCUAAAGAACAUCCACAAAAAGAUUUGAAAGACAUUAAUGUCAUGAUAUCAGAAAAGUGGAGGGUAUUGACCGUUGAAGAGAAAAAUAAAUUCAGGGACAGAGGAAUAACUGACUUCCAAGAAAAGACUGAGAAAUGGACCAAAGCAAACCAAUCCAGAAAUAAU